ACUCCCGACUACUUGAGACUAAAAUCAUAAUAUGCGAGAUUUUUUUGAAGGCCUGGGCAUUGUAAUUUUUUUAAAAUAAAUAAUUGCAAUGGUGAUUUUGAAUGUGCUUAUGCACAAAAGUAUUAUCUUAAAUUUUCUAUUAAUAUUUCAAAUUAGUAAAUAUACUUGUGAAUCUCCUAAUAAAGCUAAUCACGAAAAGCAAAAGUAUACAAGAGGUAAGUGUAAGACUCGGUUGCCGUCUUAAGUCGUAAGAAGAGUACGGUAAGACUAGUAAGAGGAAGACAUGACUAGAUUAAAGAUAAAGAAGAAAUAAGAGAAUUUAGGCUAUUUGUUUUUAUUUGCUUCUUUUAAAUUUAGUUGCACCUAAGUUUCCCUGGCCCUAUUUGUCUAAGUCUUCGACCUUCGGGAUAGAAUUGGCUUGACGCAGUGGCGUAGUUAGUUUAGGGAUAGUUUAUCGACCCUGCUCUUUCCCCCCCCCCCUUUUUUUUUUCCCCCCCCCCCCCCCAUUUGAAAAAACUCUGCAAUUUGGCCUAAAUAAGCAAUCCCAAGCUCUUUUACUUGCAGAGCCCAAUUUUAGAAUCAAUUUCUAUGGGGGUGGGGAGGAGAGCCCCUUCUUAGGUCUGCCAUAGCCAUAUGUCUUAAGAGGCCCCUAGGCCUACCAUAUCCUCAAAGUGAGUCAAAGGCCUGUGGAGCCCCUGAGAAGUGCACCUGAUGUAGAUGUAGCACCGGUUGGUAACCACUAGUUCCGACUACAGACUAAAUACAGUGCAGUAUUAGGCCCUUGGACCUGGUAGUAGGCUAUAUGACAUGAUCAAUAAUAAUUAAUAAUUGAUAAUUUAUGACUAAUGGAAUCUUACGAUUGAGUUUUGGUUUAAAAAUAAAAAGUUGAUUCAUUAGGCCUAAUAGUAAGUAAAAGUAGGCCUUCAGCGAUAUAAUUUAUAACUACUUUACUUUAUAAGUAUUAAUUGGCUUUCCAUUUCCAUGGCAUUGGUGAAGUUGGAUAAAGGGGUUGUGUGGUGGGUCAGGGGCAGGGUGUUCAGAAGUCAUGCUAAAAUCUACAUCAAGACCGCAAUCACAGUGAUUCUUAUUAGAUUUCUUAUGGUGUUUACACAAAAAAUGGUGUAACCUUUUAACAAAAACAUCCCAAUUAUUAAUUUUGUUAUUAAAAUUAAACCAAGCAUACAAAAAAAAAACUCCUGAAACCAUAGUUUUUUAGGCUUUUCUUAGUGCUAAAAUCUUAGGCUCAAAAACGUAGUACUAUGGCGAAAGCAUAGAGGUAAACAAGUUUGUGAAUGCCUCAGAAAAGGGAAUGACUUAAAAUCACCAAACUGGGUGGAAAUUGAGUGCCAGUAUUUAAAAAAAGAAAGAAUUGUACCUCUUUAAGAUAAGUUAUAAAAUAUCACAAAAGCUCAGUAAUAGAAAUAUAAUUCCUGUCCAGUUAAUGUUUCAACAUUCCAUUUUAUCUUUUGAAAACCUUUCCCUUUGCAAUAAACGUCUUAUAAUUAAAAAUAAAAAAAUAAAAAUAUUUUUGGUUUUGUUAUAAUAGAAAAUGCCAAAUUCAUGGUAGGAUAAAUUUUAUUUUUUACUAAAUUUCAUGCAUUGUGUAACUGUAAUUAAUUCAUUUUUUAUCAAUAAUCUAUUACAUAAAUACAUUAACAUACAAAAGCAUCCCAGUGGACACACUACCUGGAGUUAAUUGAUGGUGCUGUUUCAAAAUAUGAAGAUUGUUACAAUGAAGGCUGUGCAUGUUUUGCCAGGUAAGAAUUUAUUUUUAUGUAUGUAAAUGCCUAUUUUAAGAUAAUUAAUAAAUACUUUAAAUUGAUAAAAGUAGCUAGCUCAUUUUUUUUUAUAGGAAAAAUUAUUUUCUUGGAGUAAGUGUAACCAUUCUUAUACAAUUUUUUUCUCUCACCACUCUAUCUUAACCAUAUUCACUUUUUCAACUAUAAAAGUUUAUUUGCCCUACCCCCUUACACCAUCCCAUUUUCCCCCCUGCUCCCCUUUCAAUUUAAUUUAAAAUCAAUAUUUACCUCACUUUCGCCAAACCCACAAAACUGUUUUUAAUAAUUUAGUCUUUUUUUUUCACAAAGUUCCCUUAGUCUCUCCUUUAAAAAAAAAAUCUUUUUACCUAUGUUGAAGGCUUCUUUCCAUCACGCUCAUUGUUUUUGGUUUUUUUGGGUCUGUUUUCAAGCUCAAACAUUAUUUUUUUUUCAAUAUUUACAACAGCUACCCAUAAUUGUUAAAUACAUAUUUAGUCUGUAUAUUUUAAAAAUAACAUGUUUUAAAACACACUUUUUCAUAUUCUAUAUUUGUUGAUGUAAAAUUAAAAGAUCAUUUCAUGUUAUUUUUAGCAUUUAAACCAGCAUUGUUUACUUACACCUUAAAAUAAACUGUAAUCCUAAAUUUAAAAACAACAAUGAAGAAUAACAAUGAUUUAAGCACCUAGUUGAUAUCUCAAAGGCAACUAUUCUACUACAAUUAUUUCAACAAUAUGAAAAUUAUUCUAUGAACUUCUUUUUGAUGCAGAGAAUUAUUUUACUUAUGUAAUAAUGAUAUUAAACAAGGGGAUACGGCAAUAUGCUGUUCAAUUGUUUUGCUUUUUCUAGUAACUAUAAACAUAAUGUGGUUAAAAUAUUUGUGCAUCUCUAAAGCUAAGUAAGACCCAUUUAAGGAAUCAGAUAACUGAGUUGGAACCUACAUAUUUCUAUCAAAUAAGAAAGAAAACAAAACAGCCAUUUAGUUAAUGAUCUGGCCUCCAAAUGGUCCUCUAAUAUUAUAAACUCAUAAUCUUCUUUUUCUGUGUUUUUAUUUACAUGACAGAGGGUGCAUUUACAUAACCUUAUCAUUUAUUUUCCUCAUACUUGUUUCUGUAAAAGAGAGAUGGGUAGGUCUAUAUAUUCCUACUUCCAAAAAGAUGCUAAAUUCUGGCUUGCUCAUUAUCUUUAAACUAAAAUUGACUAUCCGUUUUUAAAAAGUUCGCCACAUUUAUAAUAUAUUUUAAUAUUAUAAUAGAUUUAGACCAUUUACAAACCUUUAUUAAAUGGUCCUUUUAUUUAAUUUUCUAUUUUACAUAUAAACUACUCAUCUACCUGCAGUGUAUUAUCAGAUGACUUUGCAGUCUGGCACCAAAGGGAGCAAGUGACACAAGAUGACUUUAAUGCAGCUCGUUCUUAUGGUGUCCAUUAUCAGAUAAUUAAUCAUAAACUUUACAGACAAGAUGAUUGCAUGUUUCCUUUCAGGUUAGUUACAUAAAAUAAUUGCUCUUAAAUUUUAAUGAGUUUCUAUUGAAUAUGCAAGGAAAGAUGGUUAAUUCAUGAACUAAGGAACUAAAUGCAAUUUAGUUUAGUAAACCAACAUUCAAAAUUAUGUAAAAAUCUAAACAUUUUAAGGUUAAAACAUUUUGCUUUUUAAAUUGUUUUUUGCUAAAGUUUCAAAUUAAUGAUUAAAAUCUCCUAUCCAAUGUCUAAAUUUCUAAGCUUCAUUUGUAUGCAGCUUAUUGCCAUAACUUAUGUUGAUUCUUAUAGUUUAAAUGAUUAGGAAAUUAACAAAAAAAAAGUAUGUUUAUUUUUACAAGGGCCUUUAUAUUAAGUGAACUAGCUGUACUUACUUACUUAUGCCUUUCUACCACGUCUGGGGCAUAGGCCCUCUACAAGAAUUUUCCACUCAUCACGGUCCUGUGCUUUCCUUUCCAAUUGCUUCCAGGUGUAUCCCAUAUUUUGCGUGUCUGCCUCUAGUUCUCGUCUCCAUGUAUUCUUAGGCCUUCCUCUCUUUCUUUUUCCCUGUGGGUUCCAUGUGAGGCAUUGUCUGGUGGUGCUAUCAGGGUUUUUUUUGAGCAAAUACCCAAUCCAUCUCCAUCUUUUCUUUAUGAUAUCUUCAUCGAUGGGCACCUGGUAUGUCCUUUCUAGAUCUUUGUUGGUGAUAGUAUUUGGCCAUUUGAUUUUCAGGAUCUUUCUAAGGCAUGUGUUUAUGAAUGUCUGCACCUUCUGCAUAAGGCUCACUGUUGUUUUUCAAGUUUCUGCACCAUAUAGUAGGACUGUUUGACAUUGGUAUUCUGACUUUUGUUUGCAGCUUCAGCACCUUUGACUCCCAUAUUUUCUUUAAUAGUACAAAUGCUGAUCUAGCUUUUUCAAUUCUGGCUCUUACAUCCGCAUCGGAUCCGCCAUUUGUGUCUAUGGUGCUGCCUAAAUAAUUGAAGGAUUCCACUUCUUCCAGUGCCUUUCCUGCCAGACAGAUAUGCUCUUGGUUGGAUGAGUUUACCUUCAUGACUUUUGUCUUGAUUUUAUUUAUAUUGAGUCCAAGCUGUGCAGAACUGGUGGCUACGUCUUUUGUCUUUUCCUGCAUUUGUUGUUGGUUGUGGGACAGAAGUGCAAUGUCAUCUGCAAAGUCUAAAUCAUUCAGUUGUUCUCAGAGUGUUCACUGUAUUCCAUUCCUCUUUUCGUCUGUGGAUUUUUUCAUUAUCCAGUCAAUGGCAAGGAUGAAUAGAAAUGGGGACAAGAGGCAUCCUUGUCUGACUCCUGUUUCGACUGUAAAGGAAUCUGUGAGUCUACCUUUGUGGACCACUCUGCAUUAGGGUGGCCCAAAAAAACUCAACUUUCACCUACAGAGCAAGACACCCUCUAAAUUUUUUCCUUAUAGCAAACCUUUAAUUAGGGCAGAGUUUAAGCCUCUUGUGCCUACUGCAAGGUGAUGCUCAACGACCAUGGAUUUUCAAAAUUUCAUCGAAAAUUGCCGAACUUUCAUGUAAUUUACAUUUUGCAUAUUUACUUACUGUAUCAUGUUCUUUGUGUUAUAUUUUACUUACUUAAGGUUGGCUGUUUAAUUAUUCUAUGUCAUAACUUCCUGUUUAGUGUUACUGUCACAGAGCUAAGUUGAGUUAAGGGAGUUAAGAGAAUUAUGACUUAUUUUUUAUAGAGUAUGGAACUUGGUAAGACGAACCAAUAAGAAAAAAGAAUGGAAGAAGAGUACAAUGGAAGAUGGAAUGAUGGCGGUUGUUUUAAGUCCAUGCUAUUAAUAUAUUAAUUAUGUGAAAGAUAAUAAAUAGGUUGUGAUUGUUGAAAGCUGGUAUCCCAACAAUGUUGGCGACACACUCGUUUGAAAAGUUGGAAAUAUUGCAUGAUGCCUGGCUGCUGUUAAAGAAAAACAAAGGACGGAAAUCUGAGGCACAGAAAUCAAGAGAAAUGGAAUUUGCAGAAAAACUGAGUCAACUGUUUGAUAUUGCACAUGCUGAUGCAAUGACAAAAAUCAAAAUUGAACAGGAUAAGGAAUGUCUCAAUGAUCAGAGAACUGAGAGAAGAAUGAUAAUGACAACCGAGGAUAAGGAGUUAGCUGAAAAACAACAAAGAUCAGAACUGAGGCGACAGAAAGAAGAGGAAAGAAAGCAUAAGGCUUCGCAACCUCCGGCAUCUACAGCAGCAGCUGCCCUUGCCCAGCCUGAUGAUGACUGUGCAUUUGCAAGCAGUGUUCUUGAUGAUGAAACCGAAUAUGACGAUGAGUACAUACCGACCAAAAUUAGCAAAUCAGGUAAACAGCAAGACAAGAUAAUUCAAGUAAAGAAAACCUCUCGAGACCAAUUGUUCAAUCCAAGUGUAACAAGUGCCUUUGACCAUAAAAAACAUCUGAUCGUGAAGCUGUUCGACUACUUAUUCCUAUUGUUGCAGCCCUCGGUCACGAUCCAAAUGCACUUCUUAUUUCAUGUAGCACUAUUCAACGAGCGUGGUCAAGUGCUAGGCAUGAAAUUUCUAAAGCAAUGAAAGAUAAUUUUGAGCCAACUUGCCGAUUAGUAAUCCAUUGGGAUGGAAAGAUACUUCCAGCAAUAUUUGGGGAAGGCUCAGUUGACAGGCUACCAGUUUUAGUUUCAGGUGAUGGGAUGGACAAACUGUUAGGUGUGCCAUAGGUGAGCUCUGGAACUGGUGAGAAUGAAGCAAAUGCUGUUCACAAAUUGUUGGUGGAGUGGCAGCUGGUUGUGAAGGUUCAGGCUAUGUGCUUUGACAUAACCUCAGUAAAUACCGGCAGAAUAAAUGGAGUAUGUGUUGGCCCUGAAAACAGGCUAGGUCGUGAUCUUCAUUGAUUAGCCUUUCGUCAUCAUGUAAUGGAGAUCAUCUUGUCAAAGGUUUUCACCAUCUGCUGUGGACCUUCAAACUCCCCAGAUAUCCCGCUUUUCAAACGAUUCAAAGGCUGUUGGAGUGUCAUCACAGGCAGAAUUUUUCAGAAUUCCAGGUGACACCUUAAGCUUCCAGUUUAUCAGAUGCAACCAUUGCAGUCCUGACCAAAGAGCACCUAAAGGAACAAGUCAGAGAUGAUUACAUGAAGCUUAUUGAGUUGACUCUGGGAUUGUUUUGGGACAUCCACCGAGUACAAUCCACUGGAGGGCUCCAGGACCAGUACAUCGUGCUCGCUGAAUGGCAAAAUUAAUUUAUGCCAUGAAAAUAUAUCUCUUCGGCAACCAAACAGAUGUAUUCAAGUUUACAAAGAAAGAAGAAGCCCAAGUUGAGCGCUUUGUUAAGUUUGGUGCACUAAUGUACACCAAGCAUUGGGUAACUGCUCCCCGUGCAACUGAAGCUCCAUCCAGUGAUUUACAGCUGUGGACUGAUCUCAGCAGUUACCAGAUCAUCGAUCCUGACAUCAGUACAGAUGCAAGAAAGUUCCUAGAAAAUCAUCGCUGGUAUCUUUCAGACGAGCUUGUUGGAUUAGCCCUGUUCUCAGAUCAUGUGACAGAAGAUGGGAAUUGUGCAGGGAAUGACCCGCGAGGCUGGCGAAAAGUGCGUGGAGAUUCAUCAGUUCUAAUGAAACCAUAUGUAUGUUUAGGUGACUUUGCAACUACCAGAAAGGGGAACCUUCUUUGUUGUCAUAACAUUGACACCGCCUUUCUUGAUUUGCCACCACAAGAGUGGCCUGCAAGUGAACAGUAUCAAUAUGGCCAGACAUGAUUCAAGUCAUUACGUGUUGUGAAAUACACUGCAGAGCGAGCGGUGAAGCUUUUUGAAGAAUACAACACACUGCUUACUAACGACGAAGAAGAAAAACAACUCUUAUUGCAAGUAGUGGAAGCAUACCGCAAGGCUGCUCCAACACAAAUCACCAAAAAGUCUGCUGUUCAGGCCUUAAUGUGUGAAUGACAAUAACAUUGACUGAUAAUGCAUGCUUUUGUGACUUGAAUUUGAGUUGGUAAAAUUUUCCAGUUUUUUUAUGGAACGGCACAAUUUGACCUUUUAAUUGUGACAAAUGCCAAUAACCAUAUGUUUAAGCUUAGUGGUUAAUUUGCAAAAGAGUGUUGAAGUGUUGAUAUUAAAAAGCUAUUACUGGUUGUAAUUUUAAAACAUUCAACAUAUGCGUAUGGCUUCAUUUUGCUCGAAUUUUGUAAAAUUUGGAUGUUAUAUUGCUCUUGAGCACCGUCUUGUAGUUAGAAUUUAAAGCUAAAACUUUACCAAAACAUUACCAUUAGCAGAUGUACAAACUUGGGAAGGUGUCUUGCUCUAUAGCACACAUUUCAUUUUUUGCCAUAUCUCAAUGAACCACCCUACUCUGCAUGUCAUUUCUUCAUAAGAGCUCAGAAUGAUUCUGACUAGUUUCCCUGGUACUUCAUAGUGCCGAAGAAGUUUCCACAAGGUUUGUUGGUCCAGGCUAUCAAAGGCCUUUUCGUAGUCUAUAAAAUUUAUAUACAGAGGGGAGUUCCAUUUGAUGGACUGUUCUACAAUGAUUCUUAGUGUUGCUAUUUGGCGGAAGCCAGCCUGUUGAUCUCGUAGCUGCAUGUCGACCUGGUCUCUCAUUCUAUUCAAAAUAAUUCUGUUAAAGACCUUUCCUGGUACAGACAGCAGCGUGAUUCCUCUGUAACUUUCACAGUUGCUGAGAUCCCCUUUCUUUGGUAUCUUGAUGAGGUAUCCUUCUUUCCAAUCUUUUGGAACUCUCUCUUCUUCCCAUAUCUUUUCAAACAGAGGGUGCAGCAUGUUGACUAUCGUAUCUAUACCAGCUCUCAUUAUCUCUGCUGUGAUGUUAUCCGGCACUGGUGCUUUCCCUAUUUUUUAGCUGCUUGAUGGCGAGAGCUAUUUCUCCAUUAUUUGGUGCGCUUUCUUCUAUUUGUAAGUCUUCAUUUGCUGGUGGUAUGUCUGGUGCAUCUGUGGGUGGGGGUCUGUUUAGUAGUUCCUUAAAGUAUUCCACCCAUCUAUUUUGUUGCUCCUUCCUUUCUGUUAUUGGCCUACCUGCUCUAUCUUUGACAGGUCUCUCCGGCCUUUUGUAUCUCCCUGACAGCUUUCUUGUUAUGUGGUAGAGCUCUUUCAAGUUGCCCUUUCUGGUUGCUUCUUCUGCUGUUGGUGCUAGGCCAUCUAUGUAGACAUUUUACCUUUUUUAAUGCUUUUUUUUACCUUUUGGUUUGCUUCUUUAUAUUUCUCUUGUGCUUUUGUUUUCUCCGCCUUGGUCCGGCUGCUGUUUACUAGACUUUUCAUUUACUUUCUCUCUUUUAUAUUUUGUAGUGUGUUUCGUGAGAGCCAGUCUUUGUGUUUCUGCUUCACUGAUCCUAAAACUUCUUGGCAAGUGGAUGUUACAGACAUCUUUAUAUUUUGUCCUUUGUGUUCUACUUGGUCAUCUUCUGUUUGGUCUUCCAGUGCUUGGAAUUUAUUCCUUAAGGUGGCACUGAAUUCCUCUCUUUUGUGCUCGUGUGCCAGAAGUGCUACAUUGAAUUUGGUUCGCUUAGCAGUUGGCUGUUCCCAGUUUUUCUUCAACUUUAACUUGAUUCUCGUCCAAACAACAUGAUGAUCGGAUGCGACAUCUGCUCCUCUUUUUGCUUGUACAUCUUGUAGAGACUUUCAAAACUUUUUGCUGAUACAUAUUACGUGAUCUAUCUGGUCUUGCGUUUUGUUGUCUGGGGAUACCCAUGUUAUCUUGUGGAUGUUUUUAUGUUGAAAUUCGCUUCCUCCAAUAACAAGUUCAUUUGUUGCCCAGAAGUCUGCUAGUCUUUCUCUGUUCUCAUUCCUCUCUCAUAUACCGUGGCGUCCCAUGAUUUCCUCAUACCCACUGUUGUCUUGGCGUUAAGGUCUCCCAUAAAAAUGUUCAUGUCUCUAUUUGGGAAUUUAUCUAUUAUUGCUUGCAGUCUAUUGAAGAAUGUUUCUUUCUCUUCUUCUUUACUAUCGGUGGGUGCGUAACAAUGUAUUAAGUUCAUCUUUAUUUUCUUUUUCUUGGUUCGGAAGGUAGCUGUUAUUAUUCUUGAUCCAUGGGCUUCCCAACCAAUCAAUGCAUCCUGUGCCAUGGGCUUCCCAACCAAUCAAUGCAUCCUGUGCCAUGGGCUUCCCAACCAAUCAAUGCAUCCUGUGCCAUGGGCUUCCCAACCAAUCAAUGCAUCCUGUGCCUUCCUUGAUAACAUCAAAGUGACUUCUUGCGUGUACUGAGCAUUUUCCUCCUCAUGCCCCGAGUACAUUAGCAUUUCUCCAGAGGCUAAAGUUAUUUGUCCAGGUUGUAUCCAUCUUGUUUCACAGAUGCCAAGCAGUGUAAGUUUGUAAGAUCUCAUUUCUGCUCCCACCUGCGCUGCUUUCCCUGUUUCAUACAUGGUUCUGACGUUCCACGAGCAUAUGUUUGUUUCCUUAGAAAGGAGAGUCUUCGGCUUUGAGGCUUCCAAUAUAUCCUGGGUUUGGCCACAAGGCUUCAUAGCUCUUCUUGGAAAAGAAGAGUCCCCUUUUCUCAGGGCUGAAAUUUGUUGGUUUUUUCUUGUUGUCGUUUCUGUAGCAAUUUGUUUUUACGGGUGAGGUAGCUAGCCUAACGCCAACCCUCCUCCUUUUGCACCCGGGCUUGGGACCGGUCUUGGUGGAGUUGAACUAGCUGUGGUGAUCUAGAAAAUUUCAAAAUAAAAAUAUUAUUAAAAAAUUUAGUUAACUGGAGCUCACCUUGCAUGAGGUCCUGCUACUCUAACUUACUCUGAGCUUGAAAGUUAAUACUUCAAACCUAAUUUACAAAGAUAUCUUUUAUUUGUAUGCAAUGAUAUUGUUGUAACUAUCAAAUUGGAUGACAAACCUUUUUUUAAUAGAUGCAGUGGAGUUGAGCACUUUAUAUUGGAAAUAAUGUCUGAGUUGCCCGAUAUGGAGAUAAUUAUCAAUGUAAAGGACUGGCCACAAGUAUCACUUCAUCAGAAACCCUUGCCAGUUUUUUCUUUUAGCAAAGUGGUGAGUUCAUCACAUCUUUGUUACACUAUGAGUAGAGCUUACCUCUUGUCAGAAUAUAAAAAUAAAUUUGUUUCAUUAAUAAGUUGCAUUUGAUCUGCAACAAUAGGAUUAGAGGUUUAUUCAGUCAUUUCAGAUUAACAACUAUGAUGUUUUCAUCAUGAAAAUGCCAAUGUCUAAAUUAUAAAGUUGACUGCUAUUUUAGUGGGGUUUUUUACUGAAUUAACUGCUACUAAACAAAACUGAAGACCUCAAAAAUAUUUAUUUAUUUUUCUCUUACCUUCUAAAAUCUAAUCAAUGGUAAUCAACAACAUUAUCACUCAUUUUGUUGUUUCUGUAUGGAAAUUAUUUUUUGUAACCAAUGUUUUAGCCAGAUCACCACUGGGAUAUUAUGUAUCCAGCAUGGACAUUUUGGGAAGGUGGUCCAGCUGUUUGGCCAAUAUAUCCUACUGGAUUGGGCCGCUGGGACCUUCAGAGAGAUAUAAUAACAAGGUAUUAAGUAAUAAUUAAAAUAUUUAAGAUUUAGUUACUGCGACAACAUGGGAUUGUCACUGGCUGAUUCAAUUAUUUUUUAGGUUGUCACAAAUGACUGGGGUGGGGGUACAGGACAGAGCUCCAUUGUUGUUAAGGUACCUUAUUGGUUGGACGGAAACUGCUGUUAGUUUAGGGACGCCAUUGUUAAGGGGGUGAGUUAAGGUUAAUAGAUUGUCGCAUCUUGGAGAUAGAGGGGACGGUUUCUUUCCAUGACUUGGCAUGAUAAUUUUUGGGUUGACGACAGGAAAUUCUAAUUGACCGGAAAUUGACUGGUAAUUGAGAGCAUUCCUGGGCCACCUAAGGAGUUAGAGAAUCGCAUAUAAGACAGAACUUUUCAAGAUAGGAGCUAGUUGAGGAAGAGGGAACAGAGUUACGAUGUUAGUUGAGGAAGAGAGACAAAAGAGAGGAAAGAGCUACGAUAGAGUUGAGUGGUUGCUAGGGAAUAGUCGCAAGAGAUCAGUAGACGAGUUUACUAGUGGAACAUAGGAAUAGUUGAGACGAAACAGUUCAGAAAGUCAUAGCUAUAGUAAUAGACAGUUGACAGUUAGCGGCAACAACAGAAGAACUUUUAUUUAUAAAUAAAUACAUUCUCUUAUAAUCGGGACACCUGGAGUUGGAGUUGUUGGUUUUCGUUCUCGUUCAAGUCGUUGUGCUUUGUCUGUCCCAACGCCUAGACACCCACCAUAUAAAUCACAGAGAGGAGCGGUCCUGUACUGACCACUGCUUAGUCAACACAGUUCGUGAUAAGUCAGGACCGGAGCCCUCCUCCGUAACAACCGUUCUGUGACAUAGGUUGUAUUGCAAAAUAAUUUAUUUCAGUUAAAGUUAAAAAGUAAUAGUUAAAAGAUUUAGCCUAAUUAAUAAGACAUUUCAUUCUAUCUCAAGGGCAGCUGAGGAAUGGCCUUGGGAUAAAAAAGAAGAUAAAGCAUUUUUCCGUGGCUCACGGACCAGUGCUGAGAGAGAUCCACUGGUCCUAUUAUCUCGCAGAGAACCAGACCUUGUAGAUGCCCAGUACACCAAAAAUCAGGCUUGGAAAUCUGAUGAGGUGAGAAAAAAGAAUUAAAUCUUUUCACUUAACAAUGACAUGGUUUUAAUAUUCUUGAAUUAAAAAUUAUUAUAACUUGUAAAAUAUUUAAGUUUUUAAGAAUAUUCAAAUGAUUAAGAAUGUUUGUCUUAAUCUCAUUUGACAAGAAAAAUUUCUGUGGAUUCAAUUUUGUUUUGUUUUUUAAAAUUAUAAAUUACAUAGAUAUUUUUUUUUUACUGUGCUUUUAUACAAAUUUCAUUAUACAAAGGGAGUAAUAGAAAUGUUGUGCUUUUCUCACUCUCUAAGAGAGGCACUUAAAACACCUUCUAAUCAUAUUUGUUUUACCUUUCCAUUCUUACAGGACACAUUAUACCGCCCCCCUGCCACGGAAGUGAAGCUAGAAGAACAUUGCAAGUACAGGUAUUGAUAAAAUUUGGUAGCCACUGAAAUUUAUUUGAAUUACCAACUUUUUAAAAUUCCUAAUUAAAAUUGGUAAAUAUUUGUUUUUUUUGUUAAUCUUUAUCUGAAAGCUAAAACUCAGUUCUGAAAAUAUCUGAUUGAUUUGUUAUCCAUGUCCAUCAUCAGCCAUGAAAAAAUAUUUUAAAAAGGUUUAAAAAUGGUGUACAUCUGAAAGUUUCAUGCCUCUUAGGUCCAAAUCAAUUUUUUUUCAAAAUGAACCUUAAGCGUAUUGAUCUGUACAAAGUGACCUCUGUUCAUUGCAGAAUAUAAAAAUAGCAUGAGUUGACAGGUCUCCUAUCUACCUAUAUACCAAGUGUGGGAUUCAUUCACAAAUAGAAAUAGCAGAAUAAGUGUGAAUCAGAAAUAGCUUUGAGAAAAAUUUUAGUUGGUAAUAAAACAUAAUUAAAAAUGAUUUAUGUAAAUAUAUUUAAUAAAAUACAUUGUCAGCAGGUAUUUAUAUGUACAUUUUUAAAAGAAUUAUAUCGUUUGCAAUAGAAUCGAUGGAGAAUUUUAUAAUUUCAAUGCAUUUUUUUUGUAAAGUGCUUUUGUUUUUCUUUUAUUUAGAUUAUUCCUUUUACUUUGUGCAGUUGUUAUUGUAUUUAAGAGGCUUGAAAUCAGGGGGCAUUUAAUAAGCAUAUAAUAAUUUAUUUAUAUAUAUAUAUAUAUAUAUAUAUAUAUAUAUAUAUAUAUAUAUAUAUAUUAAUAUAUAUAUAUAUAUAUAUAUAUAUAUAUAUAUAUAUAUAUAUAUAUAUAUAUAUAUGUUACAUACCAUUAAAAAUUAAAUCUGAGUUAAUAGUUGGCUCGUAGACAGAACAAUAUGUAACAAAAGACUGAUUAAACAGUCUGCAAAGAAAACAAUACUAAAUCUAGUGAUACUAAAAUUUAAUUUAAUUAUAUAAAUAAAUUUCUAUACAAAUACAAAUUUGAGUACAUGGCGUAAAGUGUAUCAACUUACAGCAAGUGAGAAAAAAGGUACAAUCCUCAUACACAAAAUAAUAUAACGUCUAGUAUGUCUAUCUAUAAGUCUCGCUAAGUCUAUCUCUCAGUUAGACUAUCUGCUAAGAAAUCUUGUGGGCUUUAAAUAGGAAUUAAAUCUGAAUGUUCUAGAACAGGAAAUGUAGAAAUUGGCAUUUUUGAGAACAAAUGGAACGCAUUCCAAUGUAAAGAAAACUCUUCCCCAGGCAGGGCAGGGACUGGCAAGGAAAGUGACAAAGCCCUGCUCUGUACUUGUGGAUAUAUCAAUCUAUAUGAUACAUAUAUAAAAUGGAAUAAUAUCAGUAUAUCCGGUAACUGUUUUGUGCAAAUGUCCAUGAAAUGGAGAUUAUAAGAUGAGAUAAUUUGCCCUGCUAUUUUCUAUUACUCUUAGGUACCUGUUCAACUUCAGAGGUGUGGCUGCCAGUUUCCGCUACAAACACUUAUUUCUAUGCAACUCAACUGUAUUUAAUGUCGGAAAUGAUUGGCUAGAGUUCUUCUACCCUGCCCUGAAGCCUUGGGUGCAUUAUAUUCCUGUCAAGCCUGACCUCUCAGAUGCCAGGUAUUGUUGCAGUCCUGGAGUUUUCCAUCACAAUAACAAUUUUGACUUGAGUGUGAUAUUUUUUUUUUAUAGUCAAGAUUUAAAAAACAAUAAAUCUGCAUUCAUAUUUUUCUAUUUUAAGAUAGAUGUGUUUUAAUAGUUUUUGCUUGUGGUAUUGCCACCUGUAUCCUUGUUACUCUCUUCCCCAGAGAUUUACUUUUAUUUGCAAAGCACAAUCAAGAAGCUGUGAAGAAAGUAGCUGACAGGUAGAUUUUCAAAUUAGUUAAAUUAACAGUAAUUGCCAUUUCCCAGUUGAAUGUAUUAGGCAUAUCCUGACAUGUCAGGGCCUUGCGAUUGGAUGGGGCUCAAGCACCAGCCUGAGGGAGGCACCAAAAUCAAUAACUAUCCUAAUAUGUAUAAAGUGCAGGAGUCUCAAACUCAAAUUACCUGGGGGUUGUAGGAGUUAGAGUCUGAGUGAGACUGGGCCGCAUCAAGUUUUCCACAAAAGAAGCGAUGACAAAGUCAAUGAAGUACUACUGUUACAAUCUGCCCAACCUUUAUUCAUAACAAAUAAAAACAUUAAGGGUUCUCAAGAACUAGGCUUCACUUACUUCCUCCUAUGCCUUGUUGCCAGAGACCUGGCAGCGCUUCUUCUUACAGAGCUGAGCAACAUUUGGCUUGAGUGAGGAAGCAACCGAGAUCCUCAGUAUAGCUUGAAGAUGUUCAUCAGUAAAUUUGGUCCUGAACUUUGACUUGUUAAAGUUCAUAGUUCAAAAGAGCUUUUGACAUAGAUAGGUACUCCCAAAAAAGCACAUCAUCAGCUUGAACAACCUGGAAAUCUCAUGGAAGGUGGAGGGCAACUCACUCAUAAAUUGUCCAAGCUUGCCUUUUUUUCCAUUCACGUCCCUUAACUUAGCCUUGAGUUCAGAAUUGCACUGAAGUUCAAUCAGCCCCAUUUGAAGCGCUGGAAAAAAGAGGGGGGGGGGGAGAUUUCCUGCCUUAGCAGAGCAAUAAUUGCACUCACCAUGCAUCUGUGCCAUAACUGCACAAAACAUUUUCUCUUAACUUAGCCUUGAGUUCAGAAUUGCACUGAAGUUCAAUCAGCCCCAUUUGAAGCGCUGGAAAAAAGAGGGGGGGGGGGGAGAUUUCCUGCCUUAGCAGAGCAAUAAUUGCACUCACCAUGCAUCUGUGCCAUAACUGCACAAAACAUUUUCUCAUUACAUUUUAGCGGCCAUCCAUUAUGAGGAGAAAUAACCAAACAGAUUUUCCUUUUGUCUUUCAAUGGUAUCCAUUGACUUUAAAUAUUCUCUCAAGUGUCAUUCUCUCAAUAUAACUCAACUCUAUCAAUUGGUAAAGUCAUACAGGUCUUUGAAACAAGUUUUAUUUUUACUAACAGACUUUAAUUAUUUUCAGGGGCAGGCAGUUUAUAAUUGACCAUUUACGCCUAGAAGAUGUCAGUUGUUACUGGAAACUCUUGUUACAGAAAUAUGCAAAGCUGCUAUCAUUCAAGCCCACUCUUAACAAUAAUUAUAAACAGAUUAAAGGUAGUUAAAUUGUGUUCCAUUUUACUUUUGGAUAGUCACUAAUCAGCAUUGCAACAAGUGCAUCGUAAAAUGAUUUAGAUUUUAAAUGGAUUUUUAUUUUAAAAGCUUUUGUUAUGUUGAAUCCCAUUUCCAACUGAUUAGUGAACAAAUAACUGGCAUUAUAAACAAAUUUUAAAAUGUUGUUGACAUUUUCAUCAUGGAGUGUUUUGUCCUGAUAUUUAACAUUAUGUGGGAAAAUUGUUGUUCAUUUUUUAACAGUUCUUACUAUUGUGACAAAAUUUUUUUUUAACACAACAUGAGACAAAGCAAGAGUUAAUAAGUCAUAUGAAAUACUUGUAGAUCUAGUUUUUUGCAAAAAUACCCCGUAAGCUCUCAUAAAUUGUGUUUUUCUUUAUUUUCAUCCUUCUCAUAAAUGCAUUUUCAAUUCAGCAAUAGGAAUAGAUGCAAUAUUUUGAUUGUUGAUGUGAUAUUUAAAUCACUGUUUAACUGAUUGAGGUUAAAAGGGGUGCAUUACAUUUAAUGCUAAACAGGAAACAUGUCAUAAUUUAGAGAGGUUGCUGAAUGAUAUAAAUAGAUUUUUUUUCUUUUCAUAGACUUGCCUAAACUAAGAAAAUCAAUACUAAUGUACUAAGGGGCCAUCUCAUCUUCAAGUUUAAGAUUUACAAUUUUUAAAUUAAAGCCAUACAUUCCAUAAAUGUGGAACAAACUCAUACUUAAUCUCAUCAAUCUCAAGCUCAAAGCUUUUCAUCCUGUCAUUUAUUUGGUGUAAAGAAUAAAAUAUACAUUUAGCAUAAAUGAAAUGAGAGAAUCAUUUAGGCCAAAGUUGCAUAGUCUUAGCAGAUGCCAAUUUAAAUAGAAUCCCAUUUAUUUAUUGCCUUAUUGUUUUAUUUUUUUAAAAUUGCAUACAUAAAUAAUGUUGAAAAGUGAGUAUUAUCUUAGAAAAAAAACAAGAAACAUUUCAUCUUAUAAGACUUUUUUUAAAUGGAUUGUCAUAUAAAAUGUACUGUCAUAUAUUUGUUUGUAUAUUAUACAGUUAUUGAAUUAAUUCACAUGACCCUUUACAUUAUUAUAUUCUGCCCUGUUUCAAAAUCCCUAAAAUUUCAGCUUAUUUACUAAAAUUACAUUGUACAUGUUAUUUUUCAAGAUUUAUAGUAACAUAAACCAUUUUUAUGUUACUUGACAUUUUGGUAUAAACUUGAAAUUUUCAUUUGAUUGAAAGUAAAAGUUAAACUGAAAUAUACAUAAAAUAAAAUAUACAAAUUUAAUGGA